CUUCCCCACACUCGACCGCAUCUUCUUUUCUCUCUCUCUUCACCCUCUACUCCUUCUCCUUCCUCCCCUCCCCACUCCAUUCCUUCCCUCGCAUACCCCUCCCUCAUACCCGUGUGCACCAUGACCCUGACCAUCGUUCUCCAGCAGGCUCGCCGUGGUGCUGCCAAGCAAGUGACAAUUGCCACUUUCACAACGACUUUUGGUCGCCAAUUCUCGACAUUCCGCCCUCUGUUCAAGCAAGCGGAUGGUGAGGUCGAGAACUUGAGCAAGGUCUUCCCCUCGGCAGAAGAGGCCGUCAAGGACAUUCCCUCAGGAUCAACCUUGAUGGUCGGAGGAUUCGGAUUGUGCGGUAUUCCCGAGAACCUGAUCGCAGCCCUCAAGAAGCGCUCCUCAGACUGCAAGGACCUCACUGUUGUCUCCAACAAUGCCGGUGUCGAUGAUUUCGGUCUCGGACAGUUGUUGCGCACCAAGCAGAUCAAGCGAAUGAUCAGCAGUUAUGUGGGUGAAAACAAGGAGUUUGAGCGCCAGUACCUCUCCGGUGAGCUGGAGGUUGAACUGACCCCUCAGGGCACCUUGGCAGAGCGUGUCCGUGCCGGUGGUGCUGGAAUCCCCGCUUUUUACACCCCCACCGCAUAUGGAACUGAAGUUCAAACCGGCGAGCUGACGAUCAAGUACAGCCCUGACGGCAAGACUCUUAUUCGCAGCAAGCCCAGAGAGGUGCGCGAGUUCAAUGGCCGCAAGUACAUCAUGGAGGAGGCCCUUCUUGGAGACUACUCGCUCAUCAAGGCCUGGAAGGGUGAUGCCUACGGUAAUUUGAUCUUUAAGGGAUCUGCCAUGAACUUCAACCCCGUUAUGGCGAAGGGCUCUAAGAACUGUAUCGCCGAGGUCGAAGAGAUCGUUCCCGUCGGCUCAUUGAAGCCCGAGGACGUCCACCUGCCCGGCAUCUUUGUCAAGCGCAUCAUUCAGGGCAAGAGCUACGAAAAGAGAAUCGAGCGCCUGACCUUGACACAGGAUAAGCCCGUCAGCGUCUCUGGCGACUCCGCUAUCCCAGACGUGAAGGACGAGGCUGCUCGCCGUCGCGAAAAGAUCGUCCGCCGUGCGGCUAAGGAGUUCAAGAACGGCAUGUACGUCAACUUGGGUAUCGGUAUGCCCAUGCUUGCCUCCAACUACCUGGAGAAGGGCGUUAAUGUCCAUCUCCAGAGCGAGAACGGUAUCUUGGGCUUUGGUCCCUUCCCCAAGCCUGGUGAGCAGGACCCUGAUAUGAUCAAUGCUGGCAAGGAAACCAUCACACUCCUGCCCGGCGCCUCGCUGUUCUCGAGUGAUGACUCAUUCGCCAUGAUCCGUGGAUCGCACGUUGACCUGACCAUUUUGGGAGCCCUUCAGGUCUCUGCCAGGGGUGACCUCGCCAACUGGAUCAUUCCCCGCAAGAUGGUCAAGGGUAUGGGUGGUGCCAUGGAUCUUGUUGCCAGCCCCGGCACCCGUGUCGUGGUCACAAUGGAGCACUUGGCCAAGGGCGGCAAGCACAAGAUCUUGGAGGACUGCUCGCUGCCCCUGACUGGUGUUGGCUGCGUGGACAGAAUUAUUACGGACCUGUGUGUGUUCGAUGUCAAGGACGGCAGCCUUGUUCUGACGGAAUUGAUGGAGGAUGUCUCUGUAGACGAUGUCAAGCGCGGCACUGGGGCCUCCUUCAAGAUCUCACCGGAUCUGAUUCAGAACUAAAAUGCACUCCACUUGUAGAUAACCAAAAAUAAAAUCGCAGUUUUUCAGAAAAAGGAAAAUCAU